UCUUUCUCUUUCUUUCUUUUUAUAUAUCUUUAUUUUUUUUUAAUUCAUUUUUUGCCCAUUAUCCAAUAUAUGGUCAUGAAAAAAUCGGUAUGUCUACAGAUCCAACAAACUCUGUCAUAGAAUCAUCAACGAUUGGAUCUAGAUCGACCGUGGAUUCCUCUUCAGAUGGCAACAACCAUGCAUUAGACCAUGAGCGCAUUCGUUACUUUGCUAACAUGACUCUUGAUGAGCUUUACCAGCAUUGGCACCUUUCUUGUACUUCCUCAUCAGUGACUUCAAGCAAUGCUGACAAUCUCCAUCCAUCAGUAUCCCCCAGUCAAGAGUUACAUUCACAAUCCUCUCUACAACCAACAAAUUCAACUAAAAAUCAAGCAUUAGAAGAUACCCACCAGAUGUCGAUAUUAGAUAUACCCAAUGUAUUAGCACCUAUUUCACCAUCAGCAACACCACCAACAGCAUCGGCAAUAUCGUCAACAGUACCAGCAACAACACCAACAGUAUCACCAGUAUCAUCAAUUAUACCAGUAUCAUCAACAUCGCAAAUAUCUAAUAUUCAGCCAACGAGGCGCAGUCUUCGCAAACGACAGGAGAUUCAACUACGCCCUUUUACUAUGGAACGACAAAGAUUUUGGUCACUUAUUGGAGCCAAAGAUCGGUCUAUUAGGAGUACAAAUCGAUGGUCUUCACCGUCCAUCCCUGCAGUGGCAAAAACGACAUACAAAUCAUCACCAUCUAAAUCACUUUCAUUAUCAAAACAAUAUUCUUACCAAUUGGACAACGACAACGAUGACGAUGAUGAUGACUACUCUGGUGCUAUCUUGUCUGACGAUGACGACGAUGAUGAUGAUGACACUGUCAAUAUGUUCGAUGACUUGCCUAGUGAUACGGAACUGGAUGAUCUUAGUAUUAUCGCAACACAGCCAUCUAUUCGAGAACUUGAUCAUGUUAAUGAUUCUCAAACCUCGGAAGACAGUGACACAGCAGUACCACUUUAUCGAAAACGAAGACGAUUCCAGAUUCCAGAAGAUAGUGAUGAUGAUGAACAACAAAAACAACAACAACAACAAGAAGAGUCUAGGAUUGUCAAAACUGUUAACAAGGAAACGCCAUCAACUCGAAUUCACAAUAAUGCUACGGACAUCUUUGAUAUACCGCCAUUGGACCCUUUGCCAUUGACAUCUGGACAGAAACAACAUCAAUUAGUCAAACCCAUGAUCACUUACAAAAGACCAAAGAAAUCACAUCGAUCAAGGCAACGACUUGGAACACAUUCACAUUCACAUCGGAUUAUUGCCAAUCACAACCAUUCCAGUUCAACAACACAGCGCAACAACAGCAAUACUUCAACACAAGGAUCUCGAGAUGUCUUCGAUUUUGUUCCUUUGGAUGAUUUGAAUACACGGCUUGAAAGUGAUCAUCAUCAUGAUAUGAAUGGAUCUAUAGGAAAUGGGACGAACCUUGAAGAUCAUGAAGACAGUGACAAUGAUGUUAUCGAUCCACUUAUUAUGCUUGAUACUAUAGGCACGGAAGAUACAGAACCAUCAUCAUCAACAACAAUACUAGGAACUACCCAAUCAGCAAGAUCUGGACAGUCAAAACGACGUAAUCGUGGCUCCAGCAACAACAUGGAUGAUAACUUUAUUGUGGACGCAGAUGACGAACGGGUACAUCGUCGACGGAACACGACAUUGAAUGAACUUCGACGCAGUAAAAAAUCUUUGAAUGGAAUCCUGCCUCAUUCUUUUCUCAAGGUGUACAGCAAAUAUCUGGAAAUGGAGGAGUAUGAUCGUCAUUGGGGAUCAAGAAAUCGACAUAAAUCUUCAACAAACAAGCGGAAAUCACUGUCAACACAAGAAGCUCGCCAUGAUGACGAAGAUGAUUUUGAUGCAAAUAGUAUUCAUCCAGAAUCGACAGCAACAACGACAACAACAACAAAAGCAACUACUGGAUCGACGUUAACUCCAGUAUAUCAUGAUGAUAACAGCAACAAUGCGACUGAUGAUCUGGAUCAAGAAUAUCAGCAAAAGGAAAUGACUUUUGGCUCUUUCGAUGAUGACGAUGGGGAACGUGAACAAUAUCAGCUGGAAACUUACAAUCACUCUGAAGAUACUUGUUCGCUAUCGCUGCGAACUGAUGAUAAUAAUAUGACACCAUCCACUACAACAACAACAACUACGACGAUGAUGGAUCUGGAUGAUGAUGAUGGUAUAGCAGGAGAGACACCUCAUGAACCCACUUUGGAACAGCAACAAGAACAACAACGUUGGAUACAAGAUGAAUUCACCAUUGAUUGCGGGGUGGCUUCUUUGCGAUUAGGUGCAGUUUGUGGCGAUGCUUUGAAUUUUAUCAGUGACGAUCAAUUCUCUAUCUUUGAACUCAACAAUCCUUCGUGCGAUUCAGUUUAUGUUUUUGAUCAACCAUUCUACAAAACGGAUUAUUAUGUUGACUCACCCAAAAUGGUAUCCUUCUUUUAUAAAGCAUUCCAAUCAUUUUACUGUCUGUGGCAACAACAUCAACAACAACAAAAUGACAGUAGUACGAAUACGAUCAGCAUCAACAAAUCUUUGGAGAAGGACAACCGAACAGGAUUGAGGUUAUCUUUGGGAUUUUUACGCUUUGUGUCGACUUGUUUAUCUGGCAAGACGUUCAGUACUGAUGAAAACAACUCUUCUUUGACGGAUCAUCCAAUCUCAAGUAUGAUUCAAUUCCUUCUUGGCGAAAUGGAUAUUCUUCUCGAUCGGAUGUUGACGGUGAUUGGUUGGAAUGAUGAUACUGGACUGGCAGAACCUUUAGACAUCGAUCACCCACAACAUUCAGCUAUCAUUCAGUAUAUCUUGCUGUCAUUGAUUUAUUGUGUUGAUUGGGCAUUUAGACUACAAAGACUUUCUCUGGUGGCAAACGAAUCAACAAUGGAUUGGUCCAUCAAAACAACAAUACGUCGACUAUUAUUUUUCUUAUUUUCUUUGGGACCUUCGUCAGCCUCGAUUGGACCUCCAGCUACUUAUGUAGUCAAUGUGCGUGAACCUUUGGUGAUGGAAGCUUGGGUAUUGACUUUACAAGUGAUCAACAAUGAAAAUAUGGAUGAUUCUAUUCUCUGGUCAAGUUUACAAGAUUAUUUGAAAACAAUAUCAACCGAAGUAACCGACAAUGGUACGUGGAAAUCAAUGACUUUAUGGGACAAGCAUGAACUGACAUGGCACUGGAUAUUGACUCUAAUAACAUUGCGGCAACUACAAAAAACAGAUGACGGUGUGGUCAAAGUGGUGACAUAUUCUAGUCCAUCUGAUAACACACAAUUUUGCCAAUGGGACUUGAUACGACAAAUCUUCAAAGAAAUUGGACAACAGCGGUUUAUGAUUGAAAAAGAGAAUGACACGACAUCAACGCCACGGUUGAUGAUUGCCGACACAACGCAAACUCGACUAUUUUACGUAUUGACUUGUAUUCGUAUUGGGUUUUGUCGAUGUCACUUGCUUCUAAUGCGGUCUCAAUGGGACGAUAAGACGAUUCAGCAGCUAUACAAUUUGAUCCAAUGGCAAGGAUUACAACUUUUUACCGGCGAUCCUCUUCGACCACUCCAAUCACGAUAUCAAGAUCACGAGACAGCAAGUCAAUACUUCCCUGUAUGUUUUACUCAGUACGAUGGAAAUGUGAUGGAGGAUCAGAUCAAGACAUUGGAUACAUGUGGAGUGAUCUUUUGGAAAAUGCUUGCAGUUGGAUUACAUCGAAAAGUCAACAAGAUCAUCACCAACACGGACGAUAAGGAACAUCAACUCAAGGAACUAGAACGAUGUAUUGCGCGCAUAUCACCUUCUUAUCUUGUCGUUGUAGGCCCAACAUUACCUUUAGCUCAUAUAAUAUCGAAGCCGCUAUCAUCAUCAAUUAUCUCUACCUUCCAACAUCCGGAUCCAUUCAUCGCAUUUGCUUAUCAUUAUGCUGUCAAUAUCAUCAUCAUGCAUGCUACAGCUCAACUAGGUGACAAUUCCAUGAUUUCCAAAAGCAACAUUGUCUUUCAAUCCAAACUUGAAACUCAAAAAGCCUGGGCUCAACAAAUCAUCCAUGAAGUCUCUCGAAUCUACGGUCUUAUCAAGAAAAAGUGGGGUCUUCAUUAAAUUCUUAUUAUUAUUAUUUUUUUUUAUUGUUUUGUUGUAGUUAAUUUUUAUCUAUUGAUUCCUUCAUUUAUGUAGAUUUUUUUU